AUUAAUCCAGGAAAAAGCAGCCAAAAGAAAAUACAAUCAAUUCGACCUGACGAGCUCUAACUGGAUUCCAAUUUUAUUUUAAUAUUCCAGAUAUUUCCCUGUUUGUACUAAUCGUUAUUUUAAUUACGUCUCUCAUUUCUUCUCAUCAAGGUUCGAUCAAUGGAAAGACAGAUUUUAGCGUCUGAUUUCGCACAUAAUUUCUUUCUAGAAAACAUGAAUCUUCAAAUAUUGGUAACAUAACCAAUGCUACCCCAAAGAACUUAUUGUAAUACAUACAAUUAUUUUGUUAUGUAAACAUUGAAUAAAAAUAUAUAAUUCUGGACUUACGGAGUUGUGAUUAUUUAUUACCUCCUUAAAUUGUUGUUGAUGUGAUCUUCAUAAUUUGUGACAGUUUCCCAACGAUUUUGUUCGAAGACGUUAUCAUGAUGCUGGGAAUUGCAAGAAAGACACUGGGACUCACAACGAUUAAACAAUGGACUCAUUCUGGGAUGAUUCAGGGUUUUGCGAGUGAUGAUGGUGAUGGACCUAAGGAUAGUCAGAGGCUCAGAGAAUUCAGAAAGAAAUUACGUGAGAAAACACCAAUAGGAAAAUUAGAGGAAUUGGAAGAGGGAAAACAUCCGUAUCAGGAGAAAGAACCGCUUGAACCCCAUCCGAACAACAUAAAUCCAGAAACUGGAGAAGUUGGAGGCCCUCGAGGGCCAGAACCUACUCGUUAUGGAGAUUGGGAGCGAAAAGGAAGAGUCUCUGAUUUUUAAUUAUAGCUCAUUUGUUUAACAAUAAAUACCAAAUUAAAUAAAUAUUCAAGAUUCUCAGCU